AGGAUGUCUAUUGUUUAAUAUUUCAAUCAAUUUUUCAUUCAUAUGUUUUAUCUAAUAUGCCUAAAUACGACAAAAAUCUGUAGAUAACAAAGCAAUAUUUAUACAACUCUAAGAAGUUCUAAUUGCAUUCUGCGUUUCCAAUAAGAAAUGUAUACCUGUGUCUAUUUUGUUUGUUUGACAUGUAUCCCAUGUAUUAUAUCCGAAAAGCAUCACCAUGAAAUACCUUGAAAACUUGAUGAUAUAUUUUGGCAAUUUGUCUGCGUUUUACAUUUUUAGUGUCGCCACAUCGAUAGCGGUAGUCCUGCUAACCAUCUACCUGGGGAUAGUGACACGGCUAACAAAUGGUAGCCCUGAACAAGCGGACAGAAAAUCAUUCCACAAAUCGCAGAGUCAAUCGUCAACCGGUGGUGAUGGAUCCGACGACAGUGAUAGCGAGAAUGAAAAUCUGAGAAUCGAAUCGCUCCGACAGCUGAAGUCAGCCAAGCUCAAAUCCAUAGAACGGCGACUAACGGAUGAGCAGCGGCAGGCUGAGAAAGAAAUGGAAAAAGCUCAAUUGUCUGCGAUUUUUGAGCUAUUGAAACAACAAAGCGAAAAAUUCGAUCUGUGUGCUGACUUGAAUGAAGAUGAUCUGAAAGAGCAGCUUACUUUAUACCGGUGAACAAUGCAUAUGUCUACCAAGAUGACCAAGUCAUGAAAGUAGAAAUAAUAUGAAGAUAGACGGUGAAUUUCAAAUAUUUUUUGUUCGUAUAUAAACUUCAGAAAUGAAGUAAAAAUGGGUUAUACAAUGUAUUUUACGAUAAGCAGAACCAUACACUACACCGUGUAAUUCUAGUCAAUCCUUAACGUAUAGUGAUUGUUCGUGCAAUUUAUGUUAAAUAACUCCAAUACACAUGUUUUACAAUAAAAAUGUUUUACAAUGAAACACAUAUCACACUUUAAAAAGAA